UACAUUCUUUUGUGAAACAGAAAAAGAGUUAAAUGACGCACAAAUAUCUUUCUCCUACAAAUAUCUAUACCGGCUCACACAGAAUAUGCCGAUGCGUAACACCGGAGUAAAAAGUCGCCGGAAUUCCCCCCGCAAAACGACAAACAUCUUUGAAUGGAGACACCACACCACCAAGUCCAAAUAACUAACGUUUCCUUUUCCAUUUCCACUUAUUCAUAAUAUCUAAUUCACCUCCAUUUUCAUCCACCACUUACCAACAUAACAACAUGGCCGCGUUGUUCUCUUCUUCCCUCUUUCCAACAACACCUCUUAACAAAUCCCAAAUCCAUCGUCCUAUCCAUUUUCCCCUUUCAUAUCGUCCACCACUUUCCAGGAUUUGUGCAUCUCUCUUACAAGAUAAAGAGAAUAAGGUUAUUCUACAGGAUUCUUUCCCAUCAAAGACUUCUCCUUUAGAUUCAUCUACUGAGAACUCAAGUAGUAAUAAUAAUAAUAAUAAUAAUAAUAAUAAUAAUAAUAGUUCGUCACCAAGUGGUUGGGAAAAAGGGGUUAUCAAGGUUGAACAAUCAGUCAAUAUCUUUCUCACGGACUCUGUGAUAAAGAUACUUGAUGCUUUGUACCAUGAUAGAAAUUAUGCAAGGUUUUUUGUGCUUGAAACUAUUGCUAGGGUCCCUUAUUUUGCCUUUAUGUCGGUUCUCCACAUGUAUGAGAGUUUUGGCUGGUGGAGACGGGCGGACUAUCUGAAAGUGCAUUUUGCUGAAAGCUGGAAUGAAAUGCAUCAUUUGCUUAUCAUGGAAGAACUUGGAGGAAAUGCUUGGUGGUUUGACCGGUUUCUUGCUCAACAUAUUGCAAUAUUUUAUUAUUUCAUGACAGCUUUAAUGUAUACAAUAAGCCCAAGAAUGGCAUAUCAUUUUUCUGAAUGUGUAGAGAGUCAUGCAUUUGAAACUUACGACAAAUUUAUCAAGGAGCAAGGAGAGGAAUUGAAAAAAAUGCCGGCUCCUGAGGUUGCUGUGAAUUAUUAUACAGGAGGAGACUUGUAUUUAUUUGAUGAAUUUCAAACCUCCAGAGUUCCAAAUACUAGAAGACCUAAGAUAGAGAAUCUGUACGAUGUAUUUAUGAACAUCAGAGACGAUGAAGCUGAACAUUGUAAGACAAUGAGGGCUUGUCAAACUCAUGGGAACCUCCGGUCGCCUCAUUCCUAUGCAGAGGAUGAUGAUGAUGACUCAGUCUGUACUCCUGAAGCAGGUUGUGAAGGAAUAGUAGACUGUAUAAAGAAAUCUGUUACUUCUAAUCCAGCUAAGGUGAAGUAGGAUAUGGUGUACUUACUAUUCAUAAUACAUUCAUUCCAACGAAGUAUAGAAAAGGAUACGGGGCAGAUUCCUCUAUAGUAAGAUAUAGGAAUAAUGAUUAGAGUUAGUAAAUAGUUGAAAUUUGGAUGAGAUUUCUCUCAAGUGAGGGUUGUAAGAGCAUUUUUUUAAAAUUUUAUUGGAUCAUAUAUGCUUUGAAUUAAAGCAAGCUAUAUUUGUAUUUAUUUACUUCAAAGAUAAAUGUAUUCUUAAAAAGCAUUUUUUUCUUGAAA